GAAACUUCCUGCAGCUCCUCCUCCCUGCAGGUCACACAGAGAAAAUGAAAGUAUCUGUGGCGCCUCUGCUUUGCAGGAAGCUCCUUGUUACUCUCCCUGGGCCACGGUAGCAGAUAGACCGUCCCCAGAGCUGUGGCAGGAGCUGGCUGUGCAUCCGCUCUCAAUGCAGGUGAUGGAGGAAGAAUUUCAAUUCCUGCUUUGCCAGGGGUGCCGGAAAGAACCCAGGAAUCCCAAGCUCCUGUCCUGCCUUCACACUUUGUGCACCGACUGCCUGGAAGAGAACAAGCCCGUUGGCCAGUGCCCCAUCUGCCAGGCUCCCAUCCCACAAGUCAGCGGGAUCCCAGACCAGGACAACCUGCUCUUCGCCAAUCUGCAGGCCAAGCUGAGCACCUACCAGAAGAUUGUCAGCAGCAGCAACUUGGUCUGUGACCGCUGCAAGGAUCUGGCUGAAUUCUGGUGCUCUGAGUGUGAGGAAUUCUUUUGCAUCAGAUGUUUUGAGGCCCACCAAUGGUUCUUGAAGAAGAAAAGCCAUGAAACCAAGAAGGUGGGAGAUCUGAAGGCAGAAUCUGCCAAACAGUUUCUGGAGGGAGCAAGGAAGUCUAGAAUCCUCUUCUGUUCCAAUCCCACCCACAAUGACCAGAACUAUAUUACAAGUAAUAUCUACUGCAGAGGAUGUUUAAAGCCCCUCUGCUGUUCCUGCGCGCUCCUGGAUAGUGAGCACUCAAAACUCUACUGCAACAUCCAGACGGAAAUCGAGCGGAGGCAGGAGGAGCUGGGGAGCCUGAGCGAAGAGCUGAAGAGGAAGAAGGCCCACUUUGAAGAUGUCUAUAAAAGCCUGAAGGGCAAAGCUGACCACAUGGACCAAGUGAGGACUGAAAACCAGGAGCUGAUCCAGAACAGAGUUGAACACAUGGUGAAGCUGAUCCGAGAGAAGGAGCAGGAGCUGCUGGAGAUGGUGGACAGGCAGCACCGCCUAGGGAACGAGGACCUGGAGGGGAAGCUGAAGCAGAUGGAAGCCGUGCUCAAAAGGAUGGGGGCUGGUGAGCAGCUAGUGGAGAAGAUGCAUCUCUACGCAUCGGACCAGGAGGUGAUGGACAUGCACCCCUUUAUCAAGGAGUCCUUAGAGGAGCUCAUGAAGCUGCAGCCUCUGGCAGUGGGAGCCAGUGUCCAGGCUGGAGACUUCGCCAAGUGUAAAGCCAAACUCCAGGCUCUGUUUGAAAGAGUGACUUGGGAGAAAGAUGCUGCCUCCUGCGCUGCCCCAGCAGCUCCAGUGACUGAGAUGUCUUCAGCUAAGGACUGGCCAGGGGAGUUCACUCAGAUCAGGACUCGAGAGCAGCACCUGGUUCCCAUGCUUACUGGCAACAUCCAGGAGACGCACCUGGGCAUGGCUCCCCUGGGGAAGAGGAAACCAGGCCAAGCGGAAAAAGCCAUCCAGACACCUCCCAAGGUGCUGAAGCUUGAAUCUCAGCCCAAAGUGGUCGAGGGAACCCCCAGCAAGUGCAACCAGGGCUUGCUAGACUGGGACCUGCAGCCUGGGCCCAGCACCUCAACACCCAGCAGAAACUGCGGAGGGGCUCCUGCAGCGAGAGGCGCUGUGCUCUCACAGGAGCUGGGAAACACCCACUCUGAGCCUGGAGAUCAAGAAGACUCCAGCAUCGUGAUAAGCAGUUCUGAAGAUACCGAAGAAGACAUGACGGUGGUGAUAACAAGUUUGAGAGGGUCUGAAACUGGGAAGUUGCCUCAUUCUACAGAAAGACUGGAAAGUUCAAAACCUAACGAGCUCUGGGCGGAAAGGACUAGCAGAAGCAGCUCGAGAGAGAUGGAGCUAAAAGACUUUAUGCAAACACAUGCGUGGAGCUGCAGGAGGAAGAUGGACCCGUUGCUCUGGCUGUGGAUCGCAGCUUUCCUGGGGGUGAGCCAAGGCUGCCCGGAGCCCUGCUCCUGUGUGGACAAAUACGCCCAUCAGUUGGCAGACUGCGCUUACAAAGAUCUGCAGGCGGUCCCAGUGGGUCUGCCCUCCAAUGUGACCACCCUCAGCCUGUCUGCCAACAAGAUCAUCUCCUUGCAGAAGAGCUCCUUCGUGGAGGUCACCCAGGUCACCUCGCUAUGGCUGGCUCACAACGAGAUCAGCGCCAUCGAGGAGGGCACCUUCGCCAUCCUGGUGCAGCUGAAGAACCUGGACAUCAGCUACAACCAGAUCAUAGACUUCCCCUGGGGGGAUCUGUACAACCUCAGUGCCCUGCAGCUACUCAAGAUGAACAACAACCACAUGGUGAAGCUGCCGUGGGAGGCCUUCCACACCCUGAAAGACCUGAGAUCCCUGCGCAUCAACAACAACAAGUUCACCACCAUCGCCGAGGGCACUUUCGAUUCUCUGACUUCCCUGUCUCACCUGCAGAUCUACAACAACCCCUUCAACUGCACCUGCAGGCUCCUGUGGCUGAAGAGCUGGGCUGAGAACACCCAGAUCUCCAUCCCGGAGAGGGACUCCAUCAGCUGUGCAGCCCCGGACAGCCUCCGAGGCGUUCCCCUGGGGAGGAUCCCUGAUCUGCAGUGCGCGCCUCCCGCCGUGCAACUGACCUACCACCCCAACCUGGACAACACCGAGCUCUAUGACGGCUUCACGCUCCUGCUGCACUGCAGCGUCAGGGGCAGCCCCCAGCCGGAGGUCAGCUGGAAGGUGCAGACCGCCAGCCAAGACCUGGAGAUAAAGGGGCCCAGCGUGGAGAGGGCUGGGAACGAGCUACCGUCUGACAGCUCCAAGCAGGGCGCAGGGCGCUUCCUGGUCUACGGGAACGGCACCCUAGUCAUCCCCCACCUGAGCAAGCGUGAGGAAGGGACCUACACCUGCCUGGCCACCAACGAGCUGGGCAGCAACCAGACCUCGGUCAACGUGGCUGUGGCUGGGGCCCAGAAAUACCCCGCCCACCCCAUGGAAGAUCCCCUGGCCGGCAAAGCGCAGCCGGGCGAGAGGAAGCAGGGCCCCAAGGGCUCCAAGAACAGCGUCCUCAGCCCCGAUGAGAGGCCCAAACCCCUCAGCCCCACCUGGCACAGCUCCCACUCGCCAGGCCUCGAGCAGGUCCCCGCCAAGCGGCCCCCCUUCGAGAAGAAUUGCGGCUCCAGCGCGGACACCCAGUACGUCUCCAACCAUGCCUUCAACCAGAGCGGCCAGCUGAAGCAGCACACCUUCGACCUGGGCGUCAUCGCGCUGGACGUGUCGGAGAAGGAGGCCAAGGUGCAGCUCACCCCCUUCUACGGCCAGCCGGAAAAAGGCCACCUGCGGGCGCUCUACCUGUGCGCAGAGAGCGGCCAGGGCCACUCCAUGGUGCAGUGGUCCAGGAUCGAGGAAGGAGUGAACUCCUACUGGUUCCAGGGCUUGACCCCAGGCACCAACUACUCAGUCUGCCUGACCUACCUGGGGGAAGACUGCCAGGUGCAAGUGGUCUUCACCACCAAGAAGGAGAUCCCCUCCCUCAUCAUCAUCGUGGUGGUCAGCAUCUUCCUGCUGGCCCUGGCCACCGUCCCCCUGCUUGGGGCCACCUGCUGCCACCUGCUCGCCAAGUAUCAGGGCAAAACCUACAAACUUAUCAUGAAAGCCCAGAACCCGGACCAGAUGGAGAAGCACAUAGCGGCCGAUUUCGACCCGCGGGCCUCUUACCUGGAGUCGGAAAAGAAUUACAACCCAAGUGAGGCGGAGGAUGGUGAAGAGGAGCGGGAGGCGGAGGGGGAGAGGGAGAUGGAGAUGGAGCGAGACGAGAGCCUGGUGGCCGAGUCCAUCGCCGAGUCCCAAUCCAAAGCCAACCCGGAGGAGUUUGAGGUGGGGUCCGAAUACAGCGACAGGCUGCCCCUGGGGGCCGAGGCUGUGAACAUCUCCCAAGAGAUCAAUGGGAACUACAGGCAGCCAGCUCGCUGAUCCGACCCCUGGCCACCCCCCAGCCACCGCCCCAACCAGUAUAUCGUAUAAUACAGUAAGAUACAAACUCGAGGUGGGACCUGAGCCAUUCACUGGUUGAUCAGCUGCAUCCUUCCAAAGACACUUCUGCCAACAGCCCAGCGUGGAGGAAACCCAACAGAAUUCAAAUCCCAACCCGUUUUUCUGGCCUCACUAAGUACUUCAGGGUGGGGUCGAUUUUUUAAACAAAAUAGGUGGAAUGAAUUGACCUUUAAAAAGUUUUUAACACACUAUUUGAAAUACAAAGUUUUAAAACAAAACAAAACCAUCUGUUCCCAACAUAUUAAUCCUAAACCGAGGCUGUGGUCUUUUUAAAAGCUAUGUUGGUUUGUUACAAUUAAAAUACAAUGAAUUGACUAUUUCCACCUCUUUCACAUAAAAAAAUUCGAAGAUAUCCUGAGUUAAUUUCAUCAAGGCCAGUUGUCAAUUUCAAGCGUGAGUGAUGUCAAUUUCAGGCAGUUUCUGUGCUGGACAGCUCCCAUCGCCCUCCCACGCCAAUACAAACAGCUGUGCCCUUCCCACGCUGGGAUGUAUAAAUCCGUGUAUGGGGAGGAUGGGUGAGUGGGUAACAGAAACCCACACCAGUCCUGACCAUCCGAUCAAAGAUACACAAGCUGAUCUAGCGGCUCACCUGUACCUAGACAGUGUUAAUGGAACCGUGCUGUAGAAUUUAAGAUGUGUGUGUGACUUGGUCCUCUCUUAACUUGUGGGUGCUUCUCAUUUCUUUAGAGGUAGAGAAGGGAGUGUGGAAAUACCACCACCUCUGAUCUUUGUUGUCCCUUUUUCCCAGACCUUCUGGGAGGCAUGUGACUCACUGAGAUUUCCUAGAUGUUUAUUGAGUAGAGUAGCGUGCUUAUAGAGAAAUGUAUGUACCCUUGAUGUGAGUCUGUGAUGUUUAAAAGGGAACAGGAAAUGCUAGGUAACUUUUGUCGUGGAACUGAGAAAAAUCUGAAAUGUAUAUGCAGCAGGUGCAUUUGUGGGUUUUUUUGCCUCUGUAUUAAAAAAGCACCAAAAAUCAAAAUGAAUCAGCACAACUAUCCCCAAGGCGAAGGAAGAUUGUUAAUUGAUUGUUAAAUACUUCCAAAAGCAACCUUGAAAACAAACGGAACCAUAACCUUUUCUAAGCGCUUCUGUAUGUGAAGAGUCAAUAAAACAGAUUUAAAAUGGA